AACCCCAAUCCAUGGAAUUUCCCAACUUCUGAAAAACAGAAGACUUGCAGCCAACUGCGUACAGUAAAUUACGCGGCUGCUUUUUUUUUAAAAAUUUUUAACUAUCCCGCGUCUGAGCAAUGCUACAAAUCGCCGGGACGAAGCCAAGAAUUUCAGGAACGUUCUCUCGAAAAUCGCUGGAGCUGUUGAAUCUUAGACGGUGGUAAAGCCUUUUUUUUUUCUCUCUCUCUCUCUCUGUUCCCCCGCCCAACAGGCUUCCAGCCAGCCAAGAACACGCAGAGGCUGUUACAAAGAGGAAGCUCCCCACUAGCUGAUCACCAUCAGUCAGAGCUACAGACUGUGCCCAGGAAGAUAAUGAGGAGGUGAAAGCAAACACUGGAACCCUUUCAGAAAAAAAAGAUCUGUGGAAAAGAAGUUUCAACAUGCUUGGAAAAGAAAGAAUGAGUUUUUUGCGGCUGAUUUUCACUUUGAUCCUCACCACUGCUCAGUGUGCCACAGAAGCCUACAAUAUUACCAGAAGUUUGAAAUGCUACACUGACUACAUGACAGAGAUAGACUGCAAAUGGAUGGAAAAUGCAAAGGCAAGGGAAUACAUUCCAAUGGAAUUACAUUACAUGAAGGUGACGGAAGCCAAGAAAAAAUACCUGCAGAAGAAAUGCGACUUGACCAAAUCCCCAGGGAACACGUUCAGCUCUGAUAUUAACUGGAGGUGUACCAUUGAGGAUAACAGUUACGCCGUCUCAUUUCGAUAUAACUAUGUUUUUAAACCGGAAAGGCCCAUCCACCUGAGCAAAUCCUUCAGACCUUUGGAAAACAUCAAACCACAACCUCCAUUUAACCUAAGUGUUACCAACACCCUGGAAGGGGAUUACUUACUGUCCUGGCAGACAAUCUACACAAGAAAUUCAUCCAAUCGGCUCUUUGGAAGGUUACAGUACGAAAUCAACUACAAGCGAAGCCGGGAUUCAUGGGAGAAUUCAGCAAUAGAAACUGUGCAGAAAAGCAGCCAGCAGUUUCAAAUCAACAGAUUGUCGCUGGCGGCGGAUUCAGAAACCUACAUCGCCCGUGUGAGAGCAAAACCACAGCAGCAGGAGGGUUCCAGAGGCCACUGGAGUGAGUGGAGCUCCGAGAUCCAGUGGGAGACAAGUCCAAGCACCUCUAACCUCCAAACAGCUAAAGCAAAUGUAAUGCCUCGGAAUCUGAUGUGCUUCUACGAUGGUAUCCAGGAGAUCAAAUGUACUUGGGAAGUGACAAGUGAGUCCAGCAAAUAUUUCCAGUUUGGCUUGCACUUUGGAAGAGCCAAUAGCUCUGAGACCAAGGAGUGUGAGAAUCCAGAGAUAUCCCAGACAUUUAAAGAUCUCACUGUUCAUCGCUGUAGCAUUCCUGUGAACGAUGAGGAAGUCAUGGAUGACUAUGAGCUGAUGCUGAAGAUUGUUGAGCCAACAGUGGUAUUUUACCCCUAUAAAAACAUAAAACCAAAGGAUCCUUUCAACUUGACCAUAAAACAGCUGCCCGAUGAGAGAUACCAAUUGGACUGGCUCACUGUGCCAGCUAGUUAUAGUUCCGAAUAUGAAAUUCAUUACAAGAAGGCUGAAGAUUCUUGGGAGAAUGCCAAAGGGCAGAAAAUUCCUCAAGAUACCAAAUCCUUCCAAAUCCAAAAGAAUUCAUUGGAGGCAUCCAGUCGCUAUGUUGUCAGAAUGAGAGCGAAGGUGAAAUGUCGAAAGGAUAACUAUUCCUACUGUGGACCGUGGAGUGACUGGAGCCAUGAAGUUUCAUUUCAAACAGACCCUGAUAACAAGAUAGUCAUCAUCGUGGCAGUUAUAAUUCUGAUGGUUUUAACCCUAUUUAUUCGACCCUUUCUCUGCCUGAUACAAAGAAAAAAGAAAUCCUGGUUGGAGAGCAUCCCUGACCCAGCAAAGAGCAAGCUUUUCCUCAAACACAGCCAGAGAGGCAUUCUGGGAUAUGUGGUCCCCCUGGAAGAAGGCAACAUCUGUCAAGUGGUACCUGAUGAAACAGGAGAUACAAAUCCUCAGGUCAUUUCUAAGGAGGAAGCAGCAUCUGUCCAGAUGAAAAGGCAGAAAGCCAUCUCGUCCCCUCUGCUGACUCAAGGUCAAGUUGGCCAAGAGCAAUUGUAUCCUGCAAUUGAAGCCGACGCACCUUCUGGCGAAGGCUUUCCUAACCCUCUGAUGUUACCGAGUGACCCGGCAGAUUACGAUGGCCCGUAUUUGUUCAAUUACCAAGCGAUACCUUCAGGGCCUGAGUUCCAUUCAGAAUUGAAUCACGGAUGCAAGAAAGGUUUCGAGUGUGUCAUGGGGGCUCCUGGAUAUGUGAAACUCCCAGAGGACCCCUCUGAAAGGCCACAUUUGGAGCAGGCAAAUGACGGACCAACACUGCCUUCACCAUCUUCUGCUUAUGUUCUCAACACUCCACAACCCAACCCAGACAUGCCGAGUUCAGUUGGUCAUCAUGUUGGCGCUGACCAAGCCACAGACACGGGUUUGAGUCAAAGGGAGUUGGGACAGCAACCGCCCAUUUCCAGUUACGUCCUGUGCCCCCUAGCGACCAGCGCCGGCCCAACAUCCCCAGGAGACGCUCACUCUGGCUACGUUCAUGACAAUGGUCAUUCCGGUUCAAGCCAGGCCCUUCCGUGGCUGGACGCCAUUGCAUACCCGCUGGCCAGUCAGCAGCCAACAGGCCCUGAUGGGGGGUCAGAGACGUGGCGCUCUAUUCCCACGGCGGGUGAUGAAACCACUUGGGGAUCAUGGGGCUGCCCCGAAAACUCUCUGGAAAAUCCCGCAGUCGCAUCUUGGCAGCCGCCUGACAAUGUUAACUACGUGUGCAUUCCACCCAACGAUCAAACAGGGCCCUCGCCCGUUCCUCCCGAGCAGGGCCCAGGUGAAAAUCCGAGUCUGUCAAGUGACCACCAACAGGGCGUAGACUUUAUUCGGGCAGCUGCCAUUAACAACGGCCUGGACUUUAAUUCUCCAUCGAAGCACCAAGAUGACCCACAGAAACCUUCAUCCAAAGAGGAUGCACUGUCACUUACUAACGAGGCUCCCAAUGUAAUCCUUUACCAACAAGGAGGUAAACCACUAAUCCUGAAGCAAAUUGGGGAUUAUUGCUUCAUUCCAGGAUCCCGUCCAACAAAUCCAAAAGAAUCCAACAAAUGCUGCCCAGCGAUGGAUAAUGAGCCAGAUAAAAAACCCUCUGUUUGGCACGAGGGUUCCAAUGCAAUGCCUUCAUUUCAUUCUCCCAAAAUUACAAGCAACAAGAUGGGUCCACCUCAGUCUACACCUCCAUGUUUCUUCAAGAACCAUCUUGAGGAAACAGUUGCGUAGCAUUUACUGAAUGAAAGGGGAGCUGCAGCAGUUUCAGGCAGCCACCAGAACUAGUGGCCCCGCAGAGCCAGCACAAGCACCGAUGGGCUGAGUGGCCACUUCCCGUGCUGGAUCCAUCUACCAUUCUCUGAUGCUAACUCCGUUCGACCACGUCAAAGCAGAUAUGCUCAGGCGUCCUACAUUUUCUCAUCUUCCUUCUCCAAAAGGCUCUGGUCAGGAACUGUCUGGACCGACACGCUAAUCUUACCUGUUGUUAGCUCAAUACCCAGUUUAUCAGCAUCAGGGGUCCAUGGAUGGUCAUUUCUGACACUCUGCUGGUGAUAACAACCAAACAUUUACAUUUUACCUGCCUUAUGUGAAAUCUUGUGUGAGUUUUAUCUCCCAACAAGCUAGUUGGACAAAAAUGGCAUUGACCAUCAAUCAGAAGCCAAGGAAUUGAUGUCAUGCUCAGCAAUGAACAAGCGCCCAAGAUGGUUAUUGUCUUCACUUGGCUGAGAGUUUGCCAAUCAAGGGCAUCUCCUUGAUUUUCAAAGCCCGCCCUUCCGAAAGAAGAGAGGCCGUGGAGGAAAGGAAAUGGUUGGCAAAGUCUUUCCUCACAAGUUGAAACGAUGGAGGCAGCUGGGAAGCGACAAAUCAGCCAAAAUAAAGAAGUGAAGUGGAGCUAUAAUGGAUGCCAUCUCCUACAGGCAAUCUAAAAGAAACUAUUUAUCUAGCAACUUCCAUCACCUCAGGGUGUACCAGAGUAUUUCCCAUCCAGUAGAGUACUUCAUGAAGUGUUGGCGUCAUCGUCACGUACUUGUUUGGCUCAGUUGGCAGGGCAACUGCAGGAUGAUGCCAAUCAAUUCCUGCAGUGGCUGAGGUUGCCACAAAGGCUUUGCCAUCUCAAGAUUGCCAACAAUGGCGUUCAGCAGGUUAAACCUGCCAUCGUUCCUCUCUCUCUCUCUCUCUCUCUCUCUAUUGAGAGAGCAGCUAAUGGUCAUUGUAAGCAUUCCAGGCAAGAAACAUGGCAGCUAAUCUCCACACAAUAAACUCUCGCAGGCAGCAAUGUGAUAGAUAGAUAAAUCUGCUUUUAAGGUUAUGGAUUGAGGGAUGAGUCUUGGCCAAGACACCAAAGAGAAUUCCUCAUGAAAAUAACACCAAGUGACCUUGACCAUCUAUCUCAGAGGCUAAGAGACAGCACCGCCAAACAGUGUACUUUCUCUGCUCCAGAGAUUUGCAGUCCUUGGACUUCUGUCUCUGAAGUGAGAGUUUUUAGGGGAGGAAGUACAGGGAAACAAUGGUUCUACAAAUGGCCUUAAACAGAUUGAAAUUGUGAGGUCUCACGGUUUUUGGUAGACACUAAACUAUCUGAUAAAUAAGGAGAAAGUGUUUCUAGUGGCAGGAAGAUUAGUCAUACAGGAAUUGCUGUGUUAUGGAAUACUGGAAACAUGAGGGCAUCAAGUUCAGUAAUAACUUUCAAAAGGGAGUUGGAUAAAUACGUAAAUGGGAAAGGGGUGAAAGGGGAAAGAUGAAGAGUGUGGAAGCUUAUUCUUCCAUGGGGUGAGGGCACCACUGCCAAGAUUUGUUGCCCAUUUCAUGACUUCCCUUGAACUACAGACAGUCAGGAGUCAUAGAAACAUAAAACCCAGCAGCAGAAGUAGGCCAUUCGGCCCUUCGAGCCUACUCUGCCAGUCAGUAAGAUCAGGGCUGAUCCUCUAUCCCAAUGCUUUAUCCCAAUCGCCCUCACUGUCUUUAAUAUCAACGGAAUCAAAGGGUCAAUGCUACUGCUGUGGGUCUGGAUUCAAAUGUAGGCCAGACUGGGUAAAGAUGGCAGAUUUCCUUCCCUGAAGGACAUUGAUGCAAUAGUUGGGUCUUUAUGACAAUUUAUGAUUAUUAUCACGCUUACAGUUAUUGAGACUAGCACUUAAUUCCAGAUGUAUUAAUUGAAUGUGAAUUUCAUGAGCUUGGUUAAACUUUGCCUCUGACUUAUUUGAGACAUUAAUAAAGUUUGUACUGUACAUAUAUUUAAUGAUGGAACCUUGAUUCCUACAUAUUUUUGGGGAUGGUUAAAAGAAAUGUUAACUUACAGAUUUUUGCAGUGUUGAAUGCUGUGGUGCAGUUUUAAAGGGUUUUAAUAAAAAAUAGGCGCGAAUUGA